AGUCUGAUAGUGGUCACCGUAAGCACCGGAAGGAACUACGCUUCACGCGCAACUUUGUCAUUCCAUCAUGCUUCAGUAGAGUGUGUGAUAUCAGGCAUCAAACCAUCCCCUUAAAGUCAACUUUGUGCGGUGUGGCAAAAAAAGUUCGCCAAGAGACAACAAUAUAUAAAUAAUUUUUACUAAGUACAUCAUCCUUAAAGAGAAAUUGUGAAUUUUAUCUAUAAUAAUUCCUCUCUAUCACAGAUGAAUUUUUGAUGGUAUUGGUGAAAAACCCCUGGGAAUUUAUUCGUGUUUUUCGCACUUUAUGUGCUUUCAUCAGCAGAUUUUAUAUGAAAAUGCCAAUCAAUCUUCAAUUCUUGUGAAGUUGAAACUCGAUAGUAUAUAAUGUAGUAGAUAUAUAACAAAAAAAACGUGAAUUUGUGCUUUGUGCAAAAAUUCGUGCUACAUACAUGUGUGUUGUGUACAUAGUGUAAAAGCAAUUAAUUCUAGAAGUACAUCAAACCACAUAAAAUCCGUUAUUUUCCCUCAUAUACACCUCACCUAUCCCCUUAGACAGGAAACCACAAACGGCAUAUCAGCGGGCGUAUCUGGUGAAUUUUUGUUGCAUCUCCAGCACUAUUUCCCACCGAAUGUAAAUCGAUUUCACAUCGUUGUCUACAUAUAUCCAAAAUUUCAAAUACAUUCAACCCGGAAUUAUUAGUCAGUUAUCGAUAUAUAGAUUCAAUCAGCACAUCGUUUAAUAAAGGAAAACCACCCCCCAGUACAGUUUAUUGAUAGAUGAGUUUUCCAUGGAAAAGAGACUGAUGAAAAAAACAUCUGGUUGAUUGAGUGAAUUUUAAUAUAAACGCGGACACCCCGCAAAAAACGCCCAAAGCCACAAAACCAAUUAUCAAUACGAACCUCAACAGAUAAAUGAUUCCACCCCUCAUAGUUCAUUGUUUAUAAGAUGUUUGAGUGAAUGAACUAUAUACAUGGUGUAUAUAUAGCACAGAACUAUGUAGAAUUUGCUAUAUACAUAAAACACUAAAAUAAACUUAAUCAAUAUACUAAAAAAGUGAGAUUAUAUUAUUUAAAAAGAUAUAAUACGAAGUUGAUAUAAACUUUUCCAUUUGGUAUUGUGUUAACGAAGAAAAUAGUUUAAUAUUUAACUUGAUAAUAAAAAUGAUAACUGGAGAAGUUUCUUCAUUGCCAUCAUUACCGGUGUUGGAUAAAAUAAACCGACGACAAGUAAAUGAGAAUUUUGAGGAAGAUGCUGGAGGUGAUGAAAUUGCUAUUCCUGUCUGUGCUCUAGGUAUUGUGAAAGGUACCACCAGGAAGACACAUUAUACGGUCCGAAAUAUGAGGAAUACUUUUGCAAACAUUCCGCGACUUUUGACCUCUCCCCUUUGGCUUUUGAUAGCUACUUGUGCUGCAACGAACAGUUUCACAAACAAUUUACAUGAUAAUCAAGGACCACGCUUUAUGAUUGAACCCACCCAUCGGUUAGAGUUUAUGAACAGAGCUGGAAGCCGCCUCGACUGCACGGCGAGCGGAAAUCCAACACCAAAUGUGGAAUGGCUGGACCAGGACAACAACCUAGUAACCACGAUACCAAAGGUCAGGCACAUUUUGGCAAAUGGCUCCCUCUACUUCCCACCCUUUGAGGCAGAGGCAUUUCGACAGGACGUUCACUGGACCAACUAUAAAUGCCUUGCAACCAAUGCUGUUGGCUCAAUAGUCUCUGCUGACGUCAAUAUUAAAGCCGUGGUCAAUCAACGAUAUGAUCCCGAGGUUCAAAAUCCAAGUGGAUUCAUUGGUGGAAAUGUGGUCAUUCGCUGCAAUAUACCACCUUUUGUUAAGGAACACGUAUCAGUAACAUCGUGGUUGCAGGAACCCUCAUUCAACAUUUAUCCAUCACUUGAGGGUGAUGGAAAAUAUCAUAUGCUACCUACGGGUGAGCUUUUAAUCAUCAAUGUUACGCGCAAUGAUGCGAAUAAGAAAACAUUUAGAUGCCGGACACAUCAUAAACUCACCCAAGAAGCUGUCGUUAGCUCUAAUGCGGGUCGGAUUCAACUAUCAGAAAUUCGAGAAUCCGUCCCACCUAUAAUGAACGAGAAACUCAUAAAACUUGUGGCAAAUUAUGAGUACAUUGUGGUACCAUGUGUGGCAUAUGCAAAUCCCAAACCUAUUUACAGAUGGCAAAUGAAGAGAAAUGGCAGAGAAGAGUCCUUGGAUGAACUCCUCAAUACCGGCCGCGCUACUAUUCGCGAUGGCACCUUGACAAUAAUGUCUCUGAAGGAGACAGACAAUGGCUCUUACUUCUGUACAGCAACCAAUUCAGAGGGAAGUGAGACAAUGGAGGUUCAGUUAGUCAUUAAUACACCACUCAAUGUGCACAUAGCUCCUCCGAGUCAAACAAUAGACCUCGGAAAAGCGGCCUUUUUCCGAUGCAGCGUCACAGGAACACCCCAAAGUACCAUUACAUGGCUUAAGGAUAGCCAACCAUUGAGAACUGGAGCUAGAGUUCGCCUGCUAGCUACUGAUCAUAUCAAAAUUACCUCAACAACAAAAGAGGACCGUGGAAUGUAUCAAUGCUUCGCCACGAAUGAUUUUAAUGCUGUACAAGCAACGGCGGAGCUGAGAUUGGGCGAAGUGGCACCUCAUCUUACUUAUAAAUUUAUUGAACAAACAAUGCAACCGGGACCAUCUGUAUCACUCAAGUGUAGUGCUACAGGCAACCCAACACCUCAGAUAUCGUGGUCUUUGGAUGGUUUUCCGCUACCAAGUAAUGAUCGUUUGAUGAUUGGUCAGUAUGUAACAAUAUUUGGUGACGUCAUAAGUCAUGUAAAUAUAUCUGCCGUAAAAUCGGAAGAUGGCGGCGAAUAUGAAUGUGCGGCAAAAUCGAUUAGUGGGAGUACCAGCCAUUCCGCCCGACUAAAUGUAUACGGAAUGCCGUACAUUCGACCAAUGUCUCAGAUAUCGGCGGUAGCUGGAAAAACCAUGAAUAUCAAAUGUCCGGUUGCAGGAUAUCCUAUUGAGUCCAUUGUAUGGGAAAAGGAUAAUACACGACUGCCAAUAAAUAUGUGACAGCGUGUUACGAAUGGUGUGCUAUACAUUGAAAAUGUUCAAAGGACCACAGAUCAAGGAACAUAUUCUUGCAUUGCGAGGAAUAAACACAAUUACACUUCACAACGAACAGUAAAUAUUGCCGUACUCGUACCACCCCGGAUCUCUCCAUUUAGCUUUGAGAAUGACAUUAUGGAAGGCAUGAGAACACAAUUGAUGUGCUCCAGUAGUCAAGGAGAUCAACCACUCAACAUAACAUGGUUCAAGGGCAACCGAUCCAUCAAGACGGGGCUCGAUGACAGAAGUGCAGACGAAAAAUCAAUUGAUAUUAAUGAAUAUUCUCCCUUUUCGAGCAUCUUGACUAUACAUAAUGUGACAUCCAGUCACAAUGGGAACUACACCUGCGAAAUAUCUAAUCGAGCCGCUACAGUCUCCUACACGGCAGUUUUAUCUGUAUCUGUACCACCACGUUGGAUUGUGGAACCACAGGAUCAAAGCGUCAUCCUUGGCAAUUUGGUCAUUAUCGAUUGCAAAGCUGAUGGCUUCCCUAAGCCCACAGUAAGCUGGAAGCAAGCUAUUGGAGAUCAAUCGGGUGAAUACAGAGAACUCUCCUUUGCCACAUCAUUUGGCAUUGAAACACAUCCCAAUGGUUCCCUAAUCAUACCUAAAGUCUCCAAAGACCACGAAAGUAAUUUCCUCUGUCAGGCCACCAAUGGGAUUGGGGCUGGCUUGAGUAAGCUUAUUCGACUUAAUGUACACGUUGGCCCACAAGUAACCGUGCGCAAUAAGCUUUUAUCCGUGAGACGUGGUGAAAAAGUGACCUUAAUCUGUGAAGCUGAAGGAGAUGAACCCCUUGACAUUUCUUGGCGCUUUAAAAGUCACCGUAUUGACCCAAGCUAUGAUGUUAGAUAUCACAUUAAGAGCAUUAAGAUCAAUCAGGGAUUAUCAUCUGAACUGACUAUCAUACAAACGACUCUUUCCGAUCGAGGGCAGUAUUCAUGUUUCGCGAGUAAUGCCUACGGACAGCAUCAUUCCGUAAUUCAGCUUCAAGUGCAAGAACCACCCAAUUUCCCGCGGAAUCUUCAAAUAAACGAAUUAGCCAGUCGUACCCUUAUCCUAGCUUGGAAUCCUGGGGAUCAGGAUUCUCUGGAAUCACAGCCUGUUUCGAAUUUUGUUGUGCAGUACAAAGAGGCUCAAGAUGUCUGGCACAGCGGUAAUCCGCAGAAAGUUGUGCCAGGUGAUAAAACUGUAGCCCUCAUUGGAUCCCUCAAACCUGCCACAAACUACCAUUUUCGUGUUUAUGCUGAAAAUCACCUUGGGACUAGUGCAGCAAGUGACAUUCUCACUGUUCAGACAGACGGUGAAGCACCAAGCGGACCACCCCUUCAAGUAACUGUAGAACCUCUAGGACGUCAACAACUAAUUGUAACAUGGCGACCGCCUGAGCAUGAUCUGUGGAAUGGAGAACUACUAGGCUACACUAUUGGCUACAGACCCACGGAUAGUCCUGACAAGACGUACAAUUACACGAGAGUCGGCAUACCUGGUGGUGAAAUGAUUAAUGAUUUUCGAUUGACUGGCUUGGAAAAGUACACCCAGUACAGUAUCACUGUUCAGGCAUUCAAUUCAAAGGGUGAUGGACCAUCAAGUGAACCAAUUGUUGCUCGGACAAUUGAAGAUGUUCCCAGUGCACCACCUCAAGCAGUUCAGUGUGUCGCAUUAACCGCCCAAAGUUUGCAAGUUUCAUGGCAGCCACCGCCAAAAGACCACACUCAUGGCAUUAUCCGUGGAUAUAAAAUUUUCUAUGAAAAUGAUAUUACAAGGGAAACAAAGAUUACAUCGGCCCUUAAUACCGUUCUCCAUGGACUUUUACCAUUCACAAACUACAGCGUACAAGUUUUAGCUUUUACGCGUACCGGUGAAGGAGUUGCCUCCUCUAUGGUAAUGUGUACGACACACCAGGGUUCACCGGAUGCUCCUGAAUUAAUAAAGGCAGUGGUGAAAAAUGAAAGUUCCGUAAUUAUAAGUUGGCUCCCACCGAGACGUUCCAAUGGGAUUAUUACGAAAUACACCAUUUACAUUAGGAUCCUGAAUAAAGGACAGGAGAUUCGAAUUCUCAAGGAUACCCUUGUCUCCCAGUACCACUACUAUGAGGCGAAAAAUCUCAAUAAUCGCGAAACAUACGAGGCAUGGGUAACGGCAAGUACGUCAAUUGGAGAAGGUCCAAGUACGUCUGUUGUGAAACUUACACCGAAUGCCAUUGCCCCAGCUGCCAUAAUUUCCUUCGGACAAACACUUAGUGUAGCAUGGAAGGUAGAUGUUAAAUUACCUUGUCUCUUUGUGGGCUCCCCUCUUCCAUCGACUGAAUGGCGUGUUGACGGUCAACGAUUACAAAAAGGACAACGACUAGAAGUUAAUAGUGAAAACUCCCUCAUACUCCGGAGCAUUCAGCGCACGCAUGAAGGAAAUUACACGUGUCACGUUAGAAAUAAUCUCGGGUCAGAUCAUAUUAUUUUCCAACUGCUAGUCCUUGUUCCACCAGCUCCACCCCAGCUAUCCGCAACUGCCAGCACUACGACAUCAGUUUCACUGCAAUGGCACGUAGGUGACAAUGGUGGUGCCCCAAUUAGGGGAUUUCUCCUUAGCUUCCGUCAGGAGUUUGGUGAUUGGGAAGAAAUACCCCUAGAUCGACGCUCAGACUCAUUCAUUGUGGAAAAACUCCAAUGUGGCACUGGCUACCAAUUCACAUUGGUGGCAUUCAAUAAGAUAGGAAAUGGAAAUCCCAGUGAUAUCGGUUCAACGCGUACAAAGGGAAAUAAACCAAUUUCACCGCGGAAACAACAUCUCAUCCGUGUUAAUUCCACAACAAUUACCCUGGAGUUGAGUGCAUGGCAGGACGGUGGAUGUCCCAUCAGUCAUUUUGCCGUAGAAUACCGACGUCGUGGACAUCAUCUAUCUCGUGAAUGGAUUCUCGCAUCGAGCAAUGUACCCCCGCAAAUGCGGUACACAAUUGCCGAUCUUGAGCCCUCGCUCAGCUAUGAUUUGCGUGUCACAGCGCACAACAAUGCUGGCACAACUGUUUCUGAGUACUCCUUUGAGACUCUCAGCAUUACAGGAACUGUUCUCAGUACAAGUUCAGACGAAAUAAUGGAAUCAAAUGAACACUACGAAUUUAUGGAUGGUCACCUCAUUGCCAUCGCUAUAAUAUCCAUUUUUGCUGCAUUAAUUGUUGUAAUAGGAGUAGUUUAUUGUUUAAAAUCAAAUCCAAGAGGUUUAUUUGGAAAUAAUAGUGACUUACAACAUCCUCCGGAUGGAAAAUAUAUGAUAUCGGAACAACGUGAUCAACCCUAUUCUACAGUACGAAAAUCAAUAACGCAGAGCCCAUGCAGAGAUUCUGCUGUAUUAGAUAGAAUUCCCGAAUAUUCCGAAGAUAUUUAUCCAUAUGCUACAUUCCAUCUACCAGAUCAGGAAAAUAUGUCUGGAAAUCCAGAUAGGCCCAGUAGUGGUUGUGGUGCAAGUAAAUGUGUUAGAUCAACGAAUACAGCUGGAAGACGUGGGAAGAAACCCUUUAAAUCUGAAUCAGAAGAAUACGAUAGUUUAGGAUCAGACACCGAUACGGGAAGUGGGGAACAUGGUAGUCGAACGGAGUCAUCCAAUCAAUUGGAUGAUCCUAUAAAUUUUUGCGGACGAUCUUAUAGUCCAGCAUCAAAGGCAGGCAAGGAAAAAUUCGCCCUAUUUGCAAAACCAUCUCGUCAUAAUGGCAUCCAUCAGUUCAACAACCCCGAGCAAAAUACAUCAAUAGAGAGGUCACCAAUUUCUAAGCGAACCCCUCAACUACUUCCCCUUAGUCAAGCAUACUCAGCAGCAGCAUACUGCCCAACAAAAGACUUUAAUACACUUUUCACGCAGUACGGGCACACAAGAACGAGUUCCUACACUGAAGAAGGAAUCUUCCAACAUCAUUACUACAAUCCACAAAAAUUGCUUUCUGUGAAAUCGAUUAAAAGUCAUUCAGGUGUUCUUGAAUCAGAAUUCCUCACACUAACGCCAAAACGUCGGGAUCGAUUACUGGAGCAGUGGCAAUUGGAUUUCCGGGUGAUGAGAAAUUCAUCAUUAGAUGGAAUCUUCAAUGGAGCUACCCUAAGUAUGGAUGAUGCAGUAAAUCAAUUCAAAGCACCUAAUGACACAGUAAAAGUUCCAAAUAUCAAUACAACGAUCACGGAUAAAACGCACAUCGUAGCAGUGGAUACGCCUACCAAACGACAAGCUCGUCAUCAACAAGACUAUACUAUUAUCGUGUAAAUUAGAAAAUGAAAGAAUGAUACGAAAAAAAAUUGAAAAAACCUCCACUGAGAAGAACAGACAACAACUUUCCAUUUUAUAAAAAAAAAAUACUUUUAAUUGGCACACCAAAAUGCAAUGCCAAUAAUAUUGUUCUAUAUAUCCUUUGUAUAUAAUCUAUUUCUAUUAAAAAAAAAACAAUAAUACUGUAAUCAAACCAAAACACCUGCGUAAACACAAUUAAAAAUGUUAUGUCGAUCAAAAAUGAAAAAAAAAACGUUCUAAAAACAUAGACACAAUACUGGAUAGCCAAUUGCUCACAAAAAAUUAUCCUUUAAUCAAUAACAUAAAUGUAAUAGGUAGUAUCAGCAUAAAUUACAUAUUUUUUGUUUUCAAUUUUCAUCCACAAACACAAUUUUGAAAAUUUAUUAUUUAAGAAAAAAAAAUACUGAAAAUCCGUCCAAAUUUCGGAAACUGCCAUUUUUUUCAAAAGUAAAGGAAACUAGAUAUAAAAUGCAAUUAAAAAUUUGUUAAAAUUCCCCAGAAUAAAAAACCAAAACCGAUCUAUUCUUUGAUCAAAGUAAAUCAUAUGCCAAUUUAGAAAUCUGACUUCAAUUAAAAAAAAAAGUAUGACGAUGAAUACCCCAGUGCCAAUUAUUAUUACCUAAAUUAUUUCAAGUAAAUUGAUGAAAUUGAUUAGUUUUUGUAAUAAAUUACAUAAGUAAAUGAUAAUAUAAUAUGUAGGAGUAAGUUAACCUGAACCUCGGAACAGAUGUGAGCUAUAACUGUGAGCAGUACAUAGUUCAGGUUUUUUUUUGGAAAAUUUAUCGUAGACAACAAACUUGAUAAAUUUCUUCAUGUCAAAGAAGAAAUGUAUUGUGGUCUGUUGGUCAUGGCGUGUGUCUGUAGUUAUACAUUUCCAAACUUAAGGGAUAAUACUCUGAAAUUUGGAAUGAGAGAUGAUGAAACCACGAGAUGUUGGUCUCUGUACCCAACCCACCCCUUCCUAACAUUUCAUGAUACAUGAGUGAGUAAUCCCAUACAAAACCAUUUUUUUUUAUUUUACUAAAUUUCAACUUUUGUUGGUGCAAUAAGGGAUAUGUUGGAUAUAUGUUCUUCCGUUUAAUACCAUGUUCACCCACCCCUUGCAUUUCACUCAGCCCCCAUAGCAAAAUAUGUAUUUGCCUUUUUUCACCAUAAGUGUGAGUAUUAUGUUGUUCAUCCUUUAAUACUUUACACUCAGCUUUCUUCCUACAAUUACUACACACUCCUCUGUUUUCUCUUUAAUUUUCAUUGUAGAGGAAUUUCCGGAAUUGCUACAAUAUUACACGAAUUUUCAAAAUUCACGACUUUCAAAAACAAUUUGUAAACCGACAGACACACCCAGGCACGUACAGAAUAAAUAUUUUCAAAAUCCUGAAGUCACAUCCCGUGUAGAUAAAUGUAUUAGGUGCCAGGUCUAAAUUAAAAGAGUACAAAUGUACACUUUUCUUUACAUAUAGAUAAUGAAUUUAAUCAAAAACAAUAUAAAUAAUUUGAAUGUUUUAACACCCAAUGAUUUCUUCUUCACUAAAUUAAUCUUUAUUCCCUUUUGAAUUUUAUCUUUUAAAUAUCUAUACUCAAAUUCGAGGUAACUAGGGCUAAAAGUUACAUCAGAUGUUGUUACAUAUGUGCGACAUAUUUAAUCAAAGCCACUUAAUCAUUGAGCUUCCCAAUUUAGUAAAAACGUUAGCCCUAACCUUAUUAAAUAUUCAAAAAAUUUGGUGCUAUUUGAUUAAAUAAAAGAAAAUUGAGGUAAAGUUGUAAAGAAACGUAGAUAUUUUAAUACCUAGUUAGUAGUUAGAUAUUUUGGGAGGAGUUACACAAAAGCCAAAAAAUAAAUAAAUUCUACUAAAGAUCUAACUUCUAACCCAAGGUUUUCUUAUAAGUAUACCCCCAAAAUAUUCUCAUAAAGGUAAAUUAAUUAAAGAUAAAUUAACUGAAAAAGGUUAAAAAAAAAAGGUCUAAGGUUGUAUUUGGUUGCCCAACAGAAAUAAAUCAUAGCAGUGAAUAUUAGUCAAUUUAUUAUAAUGUAUUGUAAUAAAUUAGUCUAAUCAAGGGAAUGCCAUUGAGGUGAAAAAAAAAUAAAAAUGAUUACGAAACGUCGAAUUGUGGAAAAAACACCAAUAUUUCUAUUCUUAUAAAAAAUUGUUUAGAUUUAUGAAGUUUUUGAUAUAGCUAAAGUUAGAAUAUAAAUUAUAGUAUAUUCAUUAUAAUACAUAUAUGAGACGUGCUACGUGGAAGCUGUGGAUCUUUCGGAGAAGACAUAACAGUUAAAUGAAAAGAAGAAAAAAAGAAAAGCGAUAGGUAAUGAAAUAAAAAUUGUAUUGAAAUACACUCAUAGAACUAUUCAAUGUGAAAUAGUUAACAAUCUGUGAGGGUGUCGAUAAAACUUUGAUAUAGACAAAUGACUGUGUAAUAAACUCAUUAUAUCAUUUCCAUAUUUGAGAAGUGGUUAGAAGAACGUUUUGUCAGUUAAAAGUUUCACAAUAAACUUGUGAAAUGUGUGGAGAAUCGAAUAUAAAAUAUCAUCAUGUAACAGAAUAUAUUAUUAUUAUAUCAUUGUGAACAUAUC